AUGGGCUUAAGUCCAUACCUUGAAAAAGUCAUUGAAAAUAAUUAUUAUAAACUUUUAGCAAGAGUACCGAUGAACGAAUUAUUCUCCGAUCUAAAGUCCAAGCAGAUUUUAACCGACGAUCAAGUGAAUGAUUUGAAAUAUUAUAUUCGAAGGAAAGAUCGAAUAGACACCUUUAUUAAAGCAAUGAAAACUAGAGAUGAUGAAGAUUUCUACCAAUUCUGUCAAAUAUUACAGCAACAUCAAGCUGCUACAGUGCGCAACUUAGGCAAAGCCUUGCGUGAAGAAGCUAAAUCAAUUUACGAUAUCCAAUGUGGUCGAGCCCCUCAAGCAGAAUAUUCAACACAAGAUUUACUACACAAUGUCCCGCAAUUGCCCGAAAAUCGCUAUAUCAUACGUGAAGACUUUAUUGACACUAUUUGUAGUUAUCUUGAAGAUCUUAACUCCAGUAACGGUCAUGUCUUGAUUUAUGGAAUAUCUGGCUGCGGAAAGACAACAAGCGUAGCUCAAUCAGUCAAAUUAAUGAUCGAAGAGCAAGAUUGCUUUAAGCCACAUGGUGUCUAUUGGGUAAAAAUAGGCGAUAUUCAGGAAGAUGAAUUACUCUACAUAUUGAUAAAUCUAUGUCAUCAACUGGAUAUUCAGUGGGAUCGCCAGCCACAAAGCUUAAAAGAAAUGGAUGCUUAUUUAAGACGCUAUUUUCGAGGCCAUAAAAGCCAAUCGGAAAUUAUCUUUGUCUUUGACGAUGUCCGAAACGGAAUAUUCUUCGAUUAUUUAGCAUUUGCAAAUAAAUCCAUUGUUAUUACUCCAUUACUUUAUCCCCAAACCCGAGAAAAUUACGAUCAUAUUAAAGCUCCGGAGCAAUUUACCUAUCAAGAAGCUAUACAAGUAUUGGCUUUAUAUCAAAAUAAAAGAUAUACUAAGAAAUUACGCCAAAAUGAAUUAGUCAAACAAAUCCUAGAAAAUAUUCGAUAUUUACCUCUGGCAGUUGUCAUUCUAGCUGGUUUGCGUCUCAAAACAGAUCAAGAAUGGCAAGAAGUACUGGCCAAGACUGAAGUUCAAGAUAGUAGUUUUAAACUAAAAUUUGUGGAAUAUAGAUUUAAUUUAUUUGAGAUCAUCACCAUAUGUAUUAAUAAAUUAGAUAUUAAGAAAAGGGAUUUAUUUAGACAACUUGGGGUCUUUAAAAGAGUUAAGAUUCCAAUCCAUUCCAUCAUGUGCUUAUGGCAAUGCAAUCAAAAUGAAGCUGUAGGCCUAUUGGAAGAAUUAGAUAGCAGAUGUUUACUGAAAUAUCAUUGCAAUAAAAACAACGAACGAAACUACUGUAUAUUACAUGAGAAAAUCAUAGACUAUUUGCAGCAGCCAAUCGAUUCGCAGCAAUCACAACAAUCUUACGUGAAGAAACUGCAUCAAACACUGAUCGAUUCUUAUGUUAAGCUGUACGACGGGAAAUGGUCUACCUAUCCGGAUGAUGGCUAUUUCUAUCAAUAUAUCAUCUAUCAUGCCAUUCAAGCCGAUGAUGAUAGCAUUUUAGCAACAUUAAUGACCGAUUUCAACUGGAUGAUGAAUAAAUUGAAAAAAUUUAAAUCAUUGAGCAACCUACGCUUAGAUCUAAUAGAUUAUAUCAACUAUCUUAAGUUGAAGAAUAAGAAUCCUGAUUCAUUCGAAGAAUUGCUUGAUCUAUUACAACAACACGAAUUUUACCUAGACAAAGAAUCAAUGAAUUUAAUCCAAUUUUUGUUAUAUUGUGCCAAGAAAGACAGUUGGAUUGUUAGUAAAGCUACACAAAUAGCAAAUAAGAAAGUGAAUAUGGGUAAAUACUGGACGAUUACAAAAUAUCCCCAAAAUAAAACCGACGAUAGUCCUUGGAUUGAGUCCAAAACUAUAGAUACCAACAGUGGCUUGAUAUUGCCAAAGUGUUCAAGGCCUCGAAAUGGAGACAUAAAAAUAAUCUACGCUAACAAUAAUAGAUGGAGAAAAGAUUGUACUAUCGUUGUUUCCGAUUAUGAAACAUCCAAAAUCAAAGUAAAAUUCAGCCUUCCUAAAACCUAUGUCUUUGAAGUCAGAAUAUCAUCUGAUGCGAAUAUUAUUGCUUACUUAAUGUCCAGAGAUCGACGAGAGGAAUGGGAAAUUCAUAAUAUUGGUACUAGACAACGUCUACAAGCUAUUAAGCAAGAUGGUUCCAAAAUACCUGUCUUAGAUUGGAAAAAAUUAGAAUUCUGCCCAAUUAUACCUGGUUAUCCUGUAGCAAUGACCGUGUCAAGAGACCGUAAAGAUAUCGCUAUAUGGAAAAUCCAAGGAAGAGAAAUGAAGCAUACUGGCAAAUCUAUUUCCUAUCUUCACCAAAUUGAACGAUGCGAAUUUGUUCAGAAUAGCAGUAAGAUAUUGAUUUGGUGGCGAAAAUAUAAUAGCUAUCGGCUUCGCUUACAAGAUGAUAACAGCUGGAUCAAUGAAUGUCAGAUCGAGGUUUGGGAUAUCCAAGAUUGGAAUCAUUAUCAAUCAUUUGAAGUUCCAGGAUUUAUCCAAUAUGAUCAUGGGCAAUUUACUGCUGGCAAAAGUACUCUUAGCUGUUUAGAAUUAGCAACAGUAAAAUAUAUCGAUCUUGAAUGUACAUCCAUUAUAGCAUCCUACGGCGAUACUCUAUUACAGCUCUUCUCAAAUGGAAAUGAGGAUAAAAGAAUUAGUAAUUCCAAUCGAGAUCUAACCAAUUCUCUUAAAGUUAUCUAUCAAAGCGAGAAAUACAUUGCAGAUAUUGUCAUAUCUGAUGAUCAUCUACUAAUUGCUGUUCGAAUGCAUCUAGAACCAAAUAUCAUGAUCUUCAAGAUGGAAAAGAAUGCUAUUAACUCUUAUUCAACUAUUCAUUGCGUCCAAGACGCAAAAACCGAUUUAGUCGAUGGUAAUCUUCAUUUGAUAUUCAUUCCAGGCAGCCAUGACCUCUUAGUUUAUAACCAAUAUCCAAUGUAUUGCUUAUAUCGCUAUAAUCUAGAAGCUACCAAUUUGGAUUGGCAAUCUGCAGAAGAAGCGAUAUUAAGUGAUCGUCAAACCUCCAUUGAUAAAUGUAAUUCUGUUAUUAUCGAUUCAAGCCAUGCAUUUGUCCAUGAUAUUCCCAUUAUAGCUAAAUUGGUGGUUAAUAAGCAGGAUGGCAGCUGCAGAUUAAAGGUUUACCAGGGUGAAGGAUUAGAGCAAAUUGCAGAUUAUAAAUUAGCUCAGCCCUAUCAGCGAUGUUUCCUAUAUGAUGAUUGCGAUUUUCUUAUCCUGGUGACGAUGCAUACAUGUCACAAGAAGCAAUGCGUUAAUGGUCACUUAGAAUCUCAUCAUUGGCAUAUUAUUAUUACCCAGUUAUAUCACUCAAGAGGCAACUUGCAGCAGAAACAGCAAAUUAAUCAUACGUUAAGAGACGAUCCAGAACGUCUCAUUCUGAAGGAAUCGAAACAUAGAAUAUCCGAUAAUACUUUAAUUUUUGUCUUUUAUGCAGAGUACGAAGAUGAAAGUCGGCCAUGGAUUGUUAUGAUGGUCAAUCAUGUCAGCGGAGAUUCUAUGAUUUAUUUUGAUGAUGAUUAUCCCCUAUAUGAAGAUAUGAAGAUCGUAUUUUGCAAUAAUUACAAUCUGGUGACCUAUCAGAAGAUUAGAAACAGUCAAGAACUAGCUAUCGAGUGGUAUAAAUUGGGCGAUGGCAUAAAUAUUAAGCACUUUAAAACCUACAGCUAUCAUAUUCAAGAUCAAUUAGCCUGUAAAAUUGUUGUUCCUAUAAGCAAAAGAGCAGACGAUCUUGAGAUAGGACUACUACCAUGGAAUCGUUUAAGGCAAAUUAUGGCAGGUGCAAGAUACGAUUCCAUGUCAUUGGAAAGGCCAUUUAAGCGAGAAAUUAAAGUUACACAAUCGGCUAGAGCUAAUGAAUGUUUCGUUAUCGAAAAGGGAAACGUAAUGUCGAUGUUUUACUUGGACGAUGAAUUAUUAGUAAAAAGCUACAAGGAUGCUAGAAGAAGACAACUGGAUAUCGAGAUUGCUGAUGUAGAUAAUUUGUGGACUGAUAAAUAUUUAGUAGAAAAACGUAAUGAUCAUAUUUACUUUUACGAUAAAACAACUCUUCAACUCAUGCAUGUUUUACAAUCGCCACACAUCAAAUGUAAAAGAAUCAAGGGUAAUCGGCAACAAUCUUUAUUUAUAUGCCAAGAUGAUGAACGCCAAUAUAGUAUAAUCAAAAGAAUUGAGGGAAAUAAAUGA